AUGGGCCCCACAGAGGUUGAGAUCUCCAUCGAGAGCCCUGACAGCAAAGCUGUCGAAACGAAGAUUGAGAUGCUGGAAUCAGCAUCUUCGAGCUCCCAAGACUUGGGCUUCGACGUGAAAGCUACGAAGAAGCUGAUUAGGAAGAUUGAUUGGACACUUCUCCCAUUUCUGGCACUUCUUUAUCUUCUCAGCUUCCUCGAUCGCACCAAUAUUGGGAACGCCCGACUUGCUGGCCUAGAGAAGGAUCUUGGAAUGUCAGGCUUGGACUACAAUGUGGCUCUUGCAAUCUUCUUUCCAUUUUACGUCCUCGUCGAGCCACUGUCCAAUCUCAUGAUGAAGCGCACACGACCUUCGAUUUGGAUUCCUUCUAUCAUGGUUACAUGGGCAGUCUGCACGACUCUCAUGGGUCUUGUUCAAAGCUUUGCAGGCCUUCUUGUUGCUCGGGCUGCUUUGGGCAUUGCGGAAGGAGGCUUAUUUCCUGGAGUGACAUUUUACAUCACCAUGUGGUAUAAGCGCCAUGAAUGUGGUCUGAGAAUGGCUAUCUUUUUCUCUGCAGCUACGGCCGCUGGGGCUUUUGGCGGUCUCCUGGCCCGUGGAAUCGUCGAAAUGGAUGGGGUUGGUGGCAAAUCUGGAUGGUCGUGGCUCUUCAUUCUCGAAGGCCUGUUGACAUUUGCCAUUGCCAUUAUUGCAUUCUGGACCAUGAACGAUUAUCCUUCCACUGCGAAGUUCCUCACUCCGGAGGAAAAACACGAAGUGACUCGACGCCUGGAACGAGACCGAAGCUCUCUCGCCGAUGAGUUCGACAUGAAAUAUUGCUGGGACGCACUUAAGGACUGGAAAAUCUGGGUUCAUAUGUUCAUCACUAUUGGUAUCUACACGCCUUUGUAUUCUGUCUCCCUCUUCUUGCCAACAAUCGUCAAGACUUUGGGCUACACAAACGAGACAGCUCAGCUCAUGACAGUGCCGCCCUAUAUCGUGGCCUGCUUCUGCUGUAUCACCGGAGGCUAUGCCGCUGACAAGCUCAAGACCCGUGGACUCUUCAUGAUAGGAUUUAACCUCUCAGCAAUUCUUGGGCUUAUCUUACUCAUUUCAUCCCAGAACCCUCAUGUCAAAUAUGCUGGGUGCUUCUUCUUCGUCGCGGGAAUUUAUCCCAAUGUUCCCCAAGGUGUUGCUUGGAAUGGCAAUAAUAUCGGUGGCUCCGUUAAGAGGGCAGUGGGUAUUGCAAUGCAUGUUGGUUUUGGCAACCUCGGUGGCGCUGUUUCUGGAUUCAUUUACCUUAGUUCCGAUUCUCCCAAGUUCACAAAGGGCCACGCCAUCUUGAUCGGCCUGCUCACCAUGAGCACGUGCCUGCAGGUCUUCAUGACCACCUAUCUUCGGCGCGAAAACGCCCGUCGAAAUCGCGAGUAUAAAUCGCCAGACCAAUACACCGACCAGGACAAGGCCGCGGAGAGGGCAAAGGGCGAUAACGCAACUUUCUUCCGCUACACCUUUUCUUUGCGUUUGACCAGGACUGGCACCUCGCGGGCCAUCUGUCUGCCCAUCCCAGCGCGAUUAACGCAGAGUCGGAGCUUUCGUACAACGGCGCGACGCUGCCAGGAUGUAUUCCAUGCACAGCUCGAGGAUUCCAACGCAGCCGCCAUCCUCUUGUCACUGAAGACCUCCUCAAGAGUGCCCCAGACGCUCACAGAAAAGAUCGUCCAGCAAUAUGCUGUGGGCUUGCCCAGAGACAAAUUUGUGAAGUCUGGCGACUAUGUUACGAUCGCACCCCACCAUUGCAUGACCCACGAUAAUUCGUGGCCCGUCGCGUUGAAGUUCAUGUCGAUAGGAGCUUCAAAGCUGAAGAAUCCGAAGCAGGUUGUGAUGACGCUGGAUCACGAUGUGCAAAACAAGUCGGAGAAGAAUCUGACAAAGUACCGCCAAAUUGAAGAGUUUGCCAAAAAGCAAGGCGUCGACUUCUACCCUGCUGGCCGGGGCAUAGGACAUCAGAUCAUGGUGGAGGAAGGCUACGCGUGGCCAGGGACGUUGGUCGUUGCAAGUGACAGUCACACGAAUAUGUAUGGCGGCAUAGGUUGCCUUGGUACCCCUGUAGUGCGGACGGAUGCCGCCAGUAUUUGGGCUACUGGACGUACUUGGUGGCAGAUCCCUCCGGUGGCAAAGGUCACUUUUACUGGCGUCUUACCCAAGGGCGUCACUGGCAAAGAUGUGAUUGUUGCUCUAUGUGGGUUGUUUGACAAAGAUGAUGUUCUCAAUCAUGCAAUAGAGUUUGCAGGAUCGGAGGAAACUCUUCGAAGUCUACCCAUUGAUGCUCGCUUGACGAUCGCGAAUAUGACCACGGAAUGGGGUGCCUUGUCUGGACUGUUCCCUAUGGAUCCCUUGCUACAAGGCUGGCUACGCUCAAAGGCCACCAUGUCCGCGCUGGAUGCAUCCGAAGGCAGGGGCGUAAAUGAACGAUUUUCGCAUGCAAGACUGGAUGAACUCUUCGGCAACCAGCUCGCUGCGGACAGAGACGCUCAGUACGCAAAGUACCUGUACCUGGACCUCAGCACACUUGCGCCCUAUGUGUCUGGACCUAACUCCGUCAAGGUUGCAACACCAUUGAAGGAGCUGGAGGAUCAAAAUAUCAAAGUCGACAAGGCGUAUUUGGUAUCUUGCACGAAUUCGCGCGCUUCCGAUCUCGCUGCAGCGGCAAAGGUAUUCAAGGCCGAAGCAGCAAAGAAUGACGGGAAAGUCCCAAGAGUUGCCGAAGGCGUGAAAUUUUACAUCGCUGCAGCUUCGCUGCCUGAGCAGCAAAUAGCCGAAGACGCCGGCGAUUGGCAGACUCUCAUUGAUGCGGGUGCCGUCACCCUUCCAGCAGGGUGUGGACCUUGUAUUGGGUUGGGAACAGGCCUCCUAGAACCUGGCGAAGUCGGUAUCAGUGCCACGAAUAGAAACUUCAAAGGUCGCAUGGGCAGCACCGAAGCAAAGGCAUACCUCGCAAGCCCCGAAGUCGUUGCCGCCAGUGCUCUUAGCGGGAAGAUCAGUGGUCCUGGUUGGUACGAGAGGCCCCAAGGGUGGUCUGGAGUCAUCUGUGGUGAGGGCGAUGGCGUCAAAGAAGAGGAUCGAAUGAUCACUGCGGAUGAAGCAUUCCAGAAGAUUAUCAACCAGCUGGACAGCAUGAUCGAAUCCGCUGAGGAGACAUUCGGGGAGGGCAAAUCGGCGGAAGCCACGUCAGGCCCAACUGAAGUCUAUCCUGGAUUCCCUGAGAAAGUGGAAGGAGAGAUUGUUUUCUGUGAUGCAGACAACAUCAACACCGACGGCAUCUAUCCCGGAAAAUACACAUAUCAAGACAAUGUGCCCGUUGAGAAGAUGGCCGAGGUAUGUAUGGAGAAUUAUGACCCUAAGUUCUCCUCGAUUGCAAGACCAGGAGACAUUUUGGUGUCAGGGUUCAACUUCGGAUGCGGUAGCUCACGCGAACAAGCAGCGACCUCAAUCUUAGCCAGAAAGAUUCCUUUGGUGGUUGCCGGUUCUUUUGGGAACAUCUUCUCGCGAAACAGUAUCAACAAUGGCUUGAUGGGUCUUGAGGUGCCAAAGCUCAUCCGACGACUCCGUGAAACAUUCUCGGACUUGAACACGCCCCGGCCGUCCACUCAAGUUACAGAGCCAAUGGGCAAUAAAGAAGAGCAGCAGAGUCUCGACUCACCUCCGCCGGCUACGACACAGCCCCGAGAAAAGCAAUUGUCGCGUCGCACCGGAUGGACGUUGGUCUGGGAUGUGAAAAAAUCCCAGAUCGAAGUAACGGAGGGUGCCAACGGUAAGAGAUGGACGGAAAAGGUUGGAGAGCUGCCCCCGAAUGUGCAAGAGAUUAUCGCCAAAGGCGGUCUGGAAAAAUGGGUGCAGAAGGAAAUUGCUGCAUGA